CUACUUUUUCCCAUAACUUCAUGCUGUGGCUCAUCAAUUAUUACAUUUAUAUUGCGUUUAUCUCACUGCUCAAAAUGCUUUACAUGAAGAAUGGGGAGCACUUCAACCACCGCCUAUGUGUUGCACCCACCUGGAUGAUGCAACGGCAGCCAUUAUGGCGCCAGUACGCUCACCACACAUUAGCUGUUAUAUCUAAUAUGAUUUUUUUUUUUUACUCUACAAAAAAAGCUGUGCCACCCUGUUUACACAGGACUAUUCUCUAAUUCCCUAAAAUGAGACGUUUCACAUCACCAAAGAUUGACUGACCACUUCCUGAUUUACAGAAGAGCGCAGCUCUCUCAGGUCUGGCAUUUCCGUUCAGGUUCUGUUACCUGGUAGCAGUGCUCAUCAUUUGCUCAGCAGAUACCAAGGUGGACCUGGCAGGGUGGUCAGGAGCCUAACAUGAGUCCCACUCUGUACGUUUUCAUCUGCCUGAAUGCAGUUGUACAAGUCAUAAGCAGCGACGGAGUGACGGAGGUGCAUGGGACUGUAGGAGGAAGUGUGACGAUUGACUGCAGAUAUGAACAAGGAUUUGAACAUUUUCAGAAAUACUUUACUAACAUUAGAUGGAAACUGAAUAACGCCCUGAUCAGAACAAAAAACUCUAACACUCUGGUGAUGGAAGGUCGAUACUCUCUGUAUGAUGACACCUCGGCGAGAGUUUUCACCGUGACCAUCAAGGAGCUGCAAAUGAGUGAUGCUGGGACGUACUGGUGUGCAGUGGAGAGGACCCUGAUGGAUGACUACACUGAGGUCAAACUCACUCUCCAUCAAGAUCAUGGUACUGAAUCUCCCAGGAAGAGCACCUUUUGCCGUCGUGUUGAACCAGCUUUGCAACCAACCCCAUGAUCAAAGGGACAUCGCAGAGCAUCAGAGCACUGGUUGAAUAGAGGAGGACCACCAUCUUUAUGAGUCUGCUAUCAGGCACAUUCACAAACAUGUAAGUGCUGCACUAACACCCAGCUGAAACGUACUGAACACAGCAUCACUCAAUCAAUCAGUGAAGCUGCUUGGAUGUAAUUUGCAGAUAACCCUAAAUAAACAAAAGCUGACACCCAAACAUCGAAAGCAUCUGGGAAAAGGAAAAAGAAUGAAGGCAUUGAGAAAGAGAGAGAUGGGCUGAUGGGACUGAAGCAAAUAAGAACAUAAUAAGUUUUUACCACUUUCAGUUUCCAGGUAAAUAAAACCUGAGGCAAAGCCCGGACACAUAGCUGUAUCUACAUUAAUAAAACCGACUUGAUAUCCAAUUGUCUGCUUAUAUGUUUGUUCCAGCAUCACUGAAAAACUACAACAAAUUUUAAUAACAAUUACAGGAUUCGCUCAGGGGUUGUCUAGUUUAGAUUAUGCUGACCUAUUGCAGCAGCAGGAGGGUUUUGGUUAAAUCUCAGGCUACAUCCACACUAUCAUGUUUUCAUUUAAAAAUGGAGGUAUUAAAUGAAAAUGAUCUCCAUCCACGUUGGAGUUUUCACAUCAUUUACAAAAGUCUCCCUGUCCACACAGAAACACCCAAAAAUGCAUAUGACGGUGACCUUGGAAUGGAAAUGUAUAAUGAAAAAUUCAAAGCCCCUUGAAAAUUAGAUUCCCUUGACAGAAAUUAUUAAAGGAGUAGCAGUGAACUGAACUCGUGUCACGUCAAUGCUCUGAUUACAGUCAAAAGUAACAAUCUUCGGAACUGGCAAUGGUCAUCUUGUCAUUAAAUAUAAAAAAAUUGCACAUGUUAAAGAUGCACUUUAAAAAAAAAAGUGUUUAGCACUAAGUUCAUUCACAAGAGAAUUAAUUACAAGCAGUCCACAGCAAUCGGAGGUAAUGAGGCACAUUACCUGCAUCAUAAAGGAGUGUCAGUUAUGGCACUACGGCCAUGUGGAGCGAUUCCCCGAGGGUGAUCCGGCUCACUGGCAGGGCCAACAGCAUCACAGCCCUCCAGGCAAAAUAGUGCAUUAAAACAGUAAAACAGAAACAUAUAUAGGCAUCAGAAACAUUGUGGG